GAAACUGCAUUCGGCAACCUUCAAGUACGUGCGUUAUUGAAAUCUUUAUUUACAUUAGAGAUAUUCAGUCCUGUAAAGUAGACAAUUUCGAUCCCUCAAAAACGAUGAAAUACCAAGACAUGGUUAUAAAGAGGAAUAAUAUUGAAUUUGAGAAGUUAGCGCAAUGGAAAAGAUAUUCAAACUACUUAAACAACUCAACUGUGAGAACCGAGAAGGAAAAACGGUGGUCAUCGAACAAGUACUUAAUAAAUAGUUCACAGGAUUUUGUUGGAAAGAACAAUGAGGAUUCACAGGAAAGUUUGCAAGCUAGAAGAAACAAGCUACUUCAACUUCUGGAAAAUGAUUCAGAAAAUGAAAAAAAUCUAUUGAAAGCAUACGGUGAAUAUUCCAAAUCCAAGUCAGCCAUGUUAAUUCGGUCCACUGCUCUAAAGAAAGAACGCGAUUCAGAAAAGGAAAAGGUCAUCUUCAUUUUAGAAAUAUAAUAUUAUCUAGAUGGCUGAAACCUUGUUGAUGGAACAUUUAAAAAAAAACAAUUCGGAUGUGAGGGACAUGUUGAGAGCGGCCGGCCAAAAUGAAAUUGCAGAUCACUGGAAUGACCAAAUAAAUGAGCGCAACAAAUUAAAACAUUCAGAAAACAUUGGUCAGAUUGUAAGUGACGAAAUGCAGUCAGAUAUUAAAAUGUAUGAGGACAAACAUAAUGUAGAAAUAGAAUUGAAACGUCUGCAAGAUAAAGAAAAACAUUUGGAAUAUCUUCAAAAACAAUUAUGUGAAUUAAACAAUCGAGAAACUGAGGCAAAACGUCUAGUUGAAAAAGAGAAAGAUUUAAUUAAACAAUUAGCUAAAAUUGAUCAACUUGAACAUGAACGACGUAUAAUUGAAGAAAAAUGUCAACGUGAGCUAUAUGGACGUGCUUUAUUACAUCAACAUCAAACAGCAUUACGUAGACGUUCAUUAUCUGUACAAAAUGAACUAAAAGCUGAUUUAGAUUGGUUAAAUCAAUUAACAGAACAAGAAAAUUUCGAUUAUGAAGCUGAUAUUGAAAGAAGACAAAAAGAAAAAGAAAAUAUUUUAGCAAUACAAAAAUUAGUUGAAUAUGAACUACAAAAAGAACAAAUUAGAGAAUUAGAAUUGAAUGAACUAGAAGUCUAUGAAGCAUCAAAAUUAUGGGCUAAACGUGAAGAAGUAUGGAGAAAUGAAACAGCCAUUAGACAAAAGCUUUUACAUGAGGUAAUCGAAGAUCGUCGUAAACAAAUCUCAGAUCAGUUAACUGCAAUUCAACAAUUUCAACAUGAUGAAUUAAUUUCAAGAGAGGAAUUAUUAGAAAAAAUUGAAAAUAUUAAUCUCUAUGAUAAACUUGAAGAAGCAAGACGUCAUGAUCAAGUGAAUGAACAAUGCUGUCAACUCAAUAAUCAAUUGGCUGAUAAAACUAAAUCUAAUCAAUUCAUUGAAAAUGAAUUAAAAGCUGAUUUAGAAGCACAACAGAAAGCUGAAUUAGCUUAUGAAGUAAUGUUAAGAAAAGAAGCGGAAAAUUUACAUUUAAAAGAGAAACAAUUAAGAAAUCUUACAUUUUAUAAGUCAAGUAAUGGAUAUUCAACAACAACAACAAAAAAGUAAAUAAAGUGAUAGAAUG